CACGGUGCCAUAGAAAUACAUUUGCUGCGCGAUAGGGAGCUAAGACCUGACCAGCUGGGUUCCAUCAACUUCUCCUCUUUGCCAGCGAAGUGCUCUUACGCACGCCCAGGCCUGCCAAGGCUAAACCGCGAAGAGAUACCAUAUUGACUCCUUACAGAGCUUGAGGCGACCAGCGCGCCCAGGAAGCGCGGGGGCUUGUAACGCAUUCGUCUAGUGCUUCUUAAAUAGUGGACUGCCAUGUGGAAAUUCAUUUCUGCCGGCACAACUGGCGGUCCGCUGCUGCGCUCGCUGAAUGGGAACAAAGGACGCCAGACUUGGGAGUAUGACCCAGCGGCAGGCACCCCUGAGCAGCGCGCUGAGGCGGAGCGUCUGCGCGAAGAGUUCACAGCCAAUAAAGAUAAACACCACCACUCGGGCGAUGAGCUGCUGCGCCUGCAGUCCGCGGACCGCAUUCGCGCCAAGAAGCAUUCCCCGCCAUCCGGCCCGGUGCCUGACGCGCCCGACGCUGAGCGCGUGGAGGAGCAUCUAAAGGGUGCGAUCAGCUUCUAUGAGUGCCUGCAGCAGGAGGACGGCCACUUUCCGGGUGAUUACGGUGGCCCGAUGUUUCUGCUGCCUGGCCUGGUCAUCACGCUCUACACCUGCGGUGCGCUAGACCAGAUCUUCAGCCCCGCUCACAAGAAGGAGGCCCUGCGCUACCUGCACAACCACCAGAACGAGGACGGCGGCUUCGGUCUGCACAUUGAGGGUGGCAGCACCAUGUUCGGCACCGGCCUCAACUACGUGAUGGCCCGGCUGCUGGGGCUGGCGGCGGAGGAGCCGCUGUGCGUCAAGGCGCGGGAGUGGAUGCACGCCCGCGGCGGUGCCACCUACAUAACCAGCUGGGGCAAGUUCUGGCUGGCGGUGCUGGGCGUGUACAGCUGGGACGGCAUGAACCCGCUCACGCCCGAGAUGUGGCUGCUGCCACACAACAAGUGGACGGGCAUCGGCAUGCUGCACCCGGGCCGCUUCUGGUGCCACUGCCGCAUGGUGUACCUGCCCAUGAGCUACGUGUACGGCAAGCGCGGCACGUGCCAGGAGACGCCGCUCACCGCCGCCAUCAGGCAGGAGCUGUACCCCAUGCCGUACGGCCGGGUCGACUGGAACGCCGCCCGCAACCAGUGCGCCAAGGAGGACCUGUACUACCCCCACCCCCUGGUGCAGGACAUCCUGUGGUGGGCGCUGUACAAGGCUGAGAACGUGCUGCAGGGCAGUUGGCUGCGGCGGGCGGCGCUGGCCGAGUGCAUGAAGCACAUACACUACGAGGACGAGAACACGCGCUAUGUGGACAUCGGGCCUGUCAACAAGGUGAUCAACAUGCUGGCCUGCUGGCUGGAGGAGCCCGGCGGCAAGGCCUUCCAGAAGCACCUGCCCCGUGUGCACGACUACCUGUGGGUGGCGGAGGACGGGCUGAAGAUGCAGGGCUACAACGGCAGCCAACUGUGGGACACCAGCUUCGCAGUGCAGGCCAUCGCCGAGGCCGGGCUGCUGCAGGUGUCGGGCCACUGCCUGCGCAAGGCGCACGAGUACGUGGAGCAGAGCCAGGUGAUUGAGGAGGCCGCGGCGCCGCUGUCCGCCUACUACCGCCACAUCAGCAAGGGCGCCUGGCCCUUCUCAUCGCGCGACCACGGCUGGCCCAUCUCCGACUGCUCCAGCGAGGGACUGAAGGCGGCGCUCACGCUUGCGCUGCUGCCAGAGGAGCUGGCGGCGCUCACACUGGCGCUGUUGCCGGAGGAGCUGGUGGGCCCCGCCAUCUCGCCCGAGCGGCUGUACGACUGCGUCAACGUCAUCCUGAGCUACCAGAACCGGGACGGCGGCAUGGCCACGUACGAGAACACGCGCAGCUUCCACUGGCUGGAGAUCCUGAACCCCGCCGAGACGUUUGGCGACAUCAUCGUGGACUACAGCUACGUCGAGUGCACCAGCGCCUGCAUCACCGCGCUGUGCAGCUUCAGGAAGCAGCACCCCGGCCACCGGGCCGCGGAGAUCGCCGCCUCCCUCAAGCGGGCCGAGGCCUUCAUCCGCUCCAUCCAGCGCAAGGACGGCUCCUGGUACGGCUCCUGGGGCGUGUGCUUCACCUACGCUUGCUGGUUCGGCGCCACUGGGCUGGCGGCGCUGGGGCACACGUACGCCAACGACGAGGCGCUGCGGCGGUGCGCGGCCUUCCUGGCGGACAAGCAGCGGGCGGACGGCGGCUGGGGCGAGAGCUACCUCAGCUGCCAGGACAAGGUGUACAGCCACCUGGAGGGGGACAGCCACGUGGUGAACACGGCCUGGGCCAUGUUGGCGCUCAUGGCGGUGGGAUACCACAAGGUGGACCCGGAGCCGCUGCGGCGCGGCGCCGUGUUCCUGAUGCGCAUGCAGCAGCCCAGCGGCGACUGGCCGCAGCAGCACAUCAGCGGCGUGUUCAACCGCAACUGCAUGAUCACCUACGCCAACUACCGCAACAUCUUCCCCAUCUGGGCGCUGGGCCACUUCCGGCGCCUGGUGCUGCUGGGCGAGGAGGAGAUCAAGAUCAACAGCUGAGCUGCUGCUGGGCGAGGAGGAGAUCAAGACCCACAGCUGAGUUGCUGCUGGAGAGAUCCGCAAAGCUGAGCUGCUGUGAGAUCUGCAGCUGAAGAGGUCCUCAGUAGCAGCUGGGUUGCGGCCCGCAGCUUGGCGCUGAGGGGAUGAGCACUAAAUCCUUUUCCCUCGUGAGUUGUUAAUGCCGGGAAGCGGCCGUCUUCUUUUUACAUGCUAUAUAGAGGAGUUGGACUGGGACUUGGUGUUGUUUGCUGUUUGUGUAGUGGCGCGUUGGAGUGUCGGACGUGCUAUGAAAUCACGGCGGUGUGACUGCACGGCCGUGGGUUGCUCCCGGGUACGUAGUUGUAAUACCUAAGGGGUGUUAGGAAGCGAAGCGCGAAGCUAGAUAGGUGUGCUUGAGCGUGUGCGCGCGGCGGCCGAGUGGCCUGCCGCUGCAGAGGGGCUGUUGGGCGGGCCCGGGUGCUGUGGGGGCCGAGUGUUGAAGGUCUGGGGCCCGCAAGGGCGGGCGCCGCAAGGGCGGCACGCGAUGCCUUGGGGGACUGGGGUGAACCAAGCGCGGGGUGAGGAAUAUGAGGCGUGCAAUUUGGAAGACUGGUUGAACGAAUGCGGGGUCGCAUGGUGCUUGCUCAAGUGCCAAAUGAGAUGUGCGCGUGCAGUUUCGGAUUGGCUGUCGGCGUCAGGCACGCCGCAGGGCCAUUGCUGUACGCAGCAGAGCCGCGAGCGCGGAGCCCAAUUUUGUCGGAGGCAUGCGUGGGCGCUGCUGACGCCGUGUGAGCAAGGUGUGUAUGAGGCGCGGGGAGUCAAAAUGUGGAGUGUGGAGUGAGCGUGGGCACGGGUAAGGAGCCGUUGGCAAGUGCCGGGCGGAGCGGGGCGGACCUACAGUCCGGGCUCACUGCGGACAUGGCCACCGUGCAAAACGAAGCAACGUGCGAUGGGACAGGGUAUAAGGCAGGUUGAGUUAAGGUGUAACCCGCUAAAGGAACGUCGGGCCAGAAACGGAAAUAGGUUAAGCGGUUUGUGCCGGGCGUGUUUCGUGUGUGCGUUCUUGUGUGCGUUGGGCUAGCUUGGGGCCCCAGCCUCGCCUUCCUUGUACAGGUUUGCAAUGUGCGUUGCAAUUGGCGCCGCAAACGGCUCGCCGCGUGCGUUUUACAUGGCACAACACAAGUACAUCUCCAUGCGUGAAUGUUGGUCACGUGCAUGAAGACUGCUGGCUUUGUGGCCUGUUGAGGGCUGGGAGUGGCUGUUGGGCGGGCUAACCGUUAUGCCCAUAUUGCUGUGCGUCAGGCACUCAGGCUCCGGCCUCACACACCCUGACCUCGCCACUGGAGUACACACUAGUACACGGAGGGCCACUUGUGGGCACCCUUGACCCCUGACCCGCCCUGCUGCUGUCGUGCUGCAAACACUGCUCUCAGCCGAACGCACUCCGUCCACGGCCAGUC